AUGGCAAAGAAGAACCCUUCCAAAGAGUACCUUAACAGCCACGUUAAAAAGCCCCUUGAAGUAGUUAUCAAGCGGGUACUGAAGAGGAAACCAACAGAUCCUAUUCCAAUGAUCCUGUCUGUUUUAGAAGAAUGCCAGGGUCUCAAUAAUGAUCCUCUGACUGAUCAAGAAAGAAUGGAACUUGACGCCUUAAGGAACGAGUACGAAUAUCUGCAGGCGAAGUUGAUCAGACUUGAAGGGAAAGGUGCUCCACAAGUUGAGGAAGAGUCUAAAGUCACUACACAUCAAAAAUACUACCCUGAUGAUAGUGAUACUGAAAGUAGCGGGGAUGAAAGUGAUAAUACCCUCCCUGAUCUCCCAGAGAGCAAAUAAGGGAAUGAACAGAAAGCCUAGGACUUCUGUUAGUGCUGAAGCGUUUGGCAGUUGGAACAAAAAGAGCGCUUUCUCACCUGUUGUUGUCCCUAAGAAUGACGACACAAAGCACAAGAUCAGGAAUAGGCUCAGUGAGUCCUUCCUAUUUAACUCGUUGGAUGAGAAAGAAUUCGAGAUAGUAAUCGAUGCUAUGACAGAAGUAAAACUCGCACCUGGAGAGGUGAUCAUUAAGGAAGGAGAUGACGGUGAUUAUCUCUAUGUUGUUGAAACAGGGCAACUGCAAUGUAGCAAGAUUUUCCCUGGAAACACUGAGCCAACUAACCUAAUAGUGUACAGCCCAGGAGGAGCAUUUGGAGAGCUGGCUCUUCUUUAUAACGCACCAAGAGCUGCAACAAUUACUGCUAUUGAUGAAUGCUUACUAUGGGGACUUGAUCGUAAGACUUUCAACCAUAUUGUGAAAGAUGCGGCUGUUAGAAAAAGAGAAAUGUAUGAUGACUUCCUCAAAAAAGUUAAGAUUUUACAGACUAUGGACGCAUACGAGAGACAGACUAUCGCAGAUGCUUUCACUAAGCACAAGUUCUCUGAAGGUGACCGCAUUAUCACCGAAGGUGAGGAAGGUAAAGAACUGUACUUCCUCGUCGAGGGUGAGGCUAAAGCAACCAAAAAUAUUGACGGCGAGUUAAAAACAGUGAUGGAGUAUAAGCCAGGGGAUUACUUUGGAGAAAGAGCCCUGAUCAAGAAAGAACCUCGUGCUGCCAAUAUUGAGGUUGUCACCAGUACCCUUGAAGCAGUCAGCUUGACUAAAGAAAGCUUCAAUAGAUUGUUAGGCCCUGUCGAAGAGAUUAUGAAAAGGAACAUGGAGGUCUAUGCUAAAUAUAAGAGUUAAUGGAAUUUUGACAUUUGAUCAA